AUGGUCUGCAAGAAUGACGGCUACUGGGAUGGGAUCAAGUGUGUGUGCACUAGCCUCUUCCAUGGGCCGAGGUGUGAGGAAGUGGUCCCCAGCAUUGAGAUAGAGCCUCCGCCGGAGACUGUCUCCGCCCAGAUGGAAAUGACCGUGACAGUGACCAGUAGGGAGUACACCAAAGAGCUAGAAGACCGGAAUUCUGUACAAUUCAAGAACUUCAGUGACGUAUUCACAAAAGAGAUGAACAUAGUUUAUCUCGGAAUCCCUGAGUAUCACGGGGUCAACAUCACAAGGCUGUCUGCUGGCAGUAUUGUGGUAGAACAUGAAGUCCUCCUGAAGACCAACUACACCCCAGAAUACAAGGAAGUUUUCACUAAGGUCACCCAGGAGGUGGUGGAAAAAAUCCAGAAUGUAACCAAGGAGCAAAUAAGCAGAAAUAAUACCUGCACAACUGUACUGUGUUAUAACACGACUGCCACCAAGAUGCAGAGCUUCACAGUUACUGAAUACGACCCUGAAAAGGAAUGCCGGGAGAGGGUUGGGAAUGAUUAUGCUGCCUACUUCUUCGUGGAGUACAAGGAAAAGAAGCCAAACUGCAUCAACCGCUGUAUGCCAGGCUUCAACAGCUCCCUGGACUGCAACUUCGGGAAGUGCCAGCUAGACCGCAGUGGCCCUCGGUGCUACUGCCUGACCACGGACACUGUCUGGUACAGUGGUGAAACCUGUGAGUUCAGCACCAAGAAGAGCCUGGUGUAUGGGCUUGUGGGGGCAGCUGGUGCCAUAGUGCUAGUCAUCCUUGUUGUUCUCUUGAUGUUCAUGCUCCGUUCCAAUAGGAAGUUGAAAAGGCAAAAGUCUAGAGUGUCUCAGUUGUAUAAGUGGCAUGAAGAAGAUGGAGGACCAACCCCUGGAACUUUCCGAAACAUUGGCUUUGACAUCCAUGAAGAUCAAGAUGACUCCAUCCACUUGGACUCCAUUUAUAGUAACUUCCAGCCCUCCCUGGACCAAAUAGAUUCUGAAACACAGAUCAAAAUUCAGAGGCCCCAGGUGUUGAUGACGUCGAUUUAA